AUGGGACUGGCGAAUCUAUUCUGGAUGCCACUUGCUUUGACAUUUGGAAAGCGCCCGAUUGUCCUAAUAUCUAUGACUAUGUUCUUGGGCGGCACCAUCUGGAGCGCAGUCGCCAAGGACUACAAUAGCCUGCUUGGCUCUCGAGUAUUCGCUAGUUUUGGAUAUGGUUCAAUCGAGUCUCUAGGACCGAGUAUCCUUGCAGACAUGUUCUAUGAACGAAACUACUCCAGUGCCAUGGCGGUUUAUGCCGCUGCCCUCUCUGGAGGUUCGCAGAUUGGCCCACUUAUUGCGGGCUACCUUAUCCAGGCUAAGGGAUGGCGUUGGUUCUUCAUUCUCUGCGCUAUCAUCGCCGCAUUCAACCUCGUGACGACUAUCUUCCUCCUCCCAGAGACAUUGUAUGAGCCUGAUCAGGAGCUGCAAACUGCCGAUGAUUUUGAGAAAGACGAAAAUGAUCAUAUCGAGGCGGCACGGACCUCAUCCCACGCCGGACAACGCACCAAAAUGGACUACAAAGAACACUGGGCUGGUCUUUUUACCAUUGGGAUUUCCAAGGAGGCACGGCAGCGGGGUGUGCUUAAGCACAUUCUAUACCAAUUUGUGCUACCAUUUCCUCUCAUGCUAAUCCCUGGUGUUCUUAUUGCGUCUCUCAUGUAUGGCGUUGUGCUAGGAGGGGUUGUUAUUAUGUCUACUCUUGCUCCCCAGAUCUUCUCCCCACCGCCCUACCUCUUUUCCUCUGCCGACCUGGGCCUUUUCACAAUGAGCAGCUUCGUCGGUAUUGUGAUUGCCUGGCCCAUCGCCGGUCCCUUGACCGAUAUUCUUUCCCGCUGGAUGCGCAAGCGUAACGGCAACGUCCACAAGCCCGAACACCGUCUACCAGCGCUUCUUUUCCCGUUUGUGGUCUGCCCCAUCGGCCUUGUAGUCUUCGGAUAUACCGUCGCCCAGAGACAGAGCUAUGUUCGCCCGGCGGUUGGCCAAGCAAUCGCCGCUGCAUCUUUGACACUCGUCCCUUCAGUGAUGCUCUCAUACGUGGUAGAUUCAUAUCCACGAGUUAGUGGCGAGGCUCUGGUGCUGGUGAAUGCAUCAAAAAAUGUCGUCGCCUUUGGCUUAUCAAAGGGUGCAUACUCGUGGAUGGCCAAAGAAGGAAUUGAGAAGAUGUUCUACGAAAUGGCGGGCAUUCAGUGGGCGAUUAUCUUUUUGGCUCUUCCUCUUUAUAUUUUUGGGCCGUGGAUUCGAGCACGGACAGACAAAUUGUUCUGA